GCUUCGAGUGAGAAGCCCUCAAAAGCCACUUUAAAUUAUUAAAUCAGAAAAGCAGUAUUUUUAACCAUGAUCACUCUUAGAAACACAGGACCCUGGAAUUAUAGCUGAUUCAAUGUUUAAACUAGGGUGGAUUUCUACUGCAGGAGGCUAUUGGAGUGUAGAGUGUCUCAUCACAAUUUCCCACAAAAUGCCUUAUUUUGCAAAACUCAUUUUAUUAUUCUUUUGCUUUGUCCUUCUUGUGGAGAGCAGAAAGCACAGGAGGAAGAGGUGGACAGGUCAGCUGGAGGUGCAGAAGGCAAGCCACAUCUACAAGAAGAAUCAUGAUAUGACCAAAACUCGGAAAGCAAAAACCGAACAGCUUCUGAGAGUCGAUGAUCAUGAUUUCACCAUGAGGCCGGCUUUUGGAGGUCCUGCCAUUCCUGUUGGAGUAGAUGUACAGGUUGAAAGCUUGGAUAGUAUUUCUGAGGUUGAUAUGGACUUUACUAUGACACUGUACUUAAGGCACUACUGGAAGGAUGAACGCCUCUCAUUUCCUAGCUUCACUAACAAGAGCAUGACGUUUGAUGGCAGGCUGGUGAAGAAGAUUUGGGUUCCAGAUGUCUUCUUUGUGCACUCCAAAAGAUCAUUCAUUCAUGACACAACCACUGACAACAUCAUGUUGCGAGUGUUCCCAGAUGGUCAUGUGCUAUAUAGUAUGAGGAUCACAGUGACAGCGAUGUGCAACAUGGACUUCAGUCGAUUUCCCCUGGACUCACAGACUUGUUCUCUGGAGCUGGAAAGCUAUGCUUACACUGAUGAAGAUCUGAUGCUUUACUGGAAAAAUGGGAAUGAAUCCCUGAAAACCGAUGAGAAGAUUUCCUUGUCUCAGUUUUUGAUACAAAAGUUUCAUACUACUUCCAGACUUGCUUUCUACAGUAGCACUGGAUGGUACAAUAGACUAUACAUAAAUUUCACUUUACACCGCCACAUCUUCUUCUUCUUGCUCCAAACCUAUUUCCCUGCCACUCUAAUGGUCAUGCUAUCGUGGGUGUCCUUCUGGAUUGAUCGCAGAGCUGUACCUGCUAGAGUGUCACUAGGGAUAACCACAGUGCUGACCAUGUCAACAAUCAUCACUGGUGUAAACGCCUCCAUGCCUCGAGUUUCCUACAUCAAAGCUGUGGACAUUUACCUCUGGGUCAGUUUUGUGUUCGUCUUUCUCUCAGUGUUGGAAUACGCAGCAGUGAACUACCUUACCACAGUGCAAGAACGGAAGGAAAGGAAGUUGCGAGAGAAGUUUCCAUGUACAUGUGGAAUACCUAAUACAAAAACGAUGAUGCUGGAUGGAACCUACAGUGAAUCUGAUGCCAACAGUCUGGCAGGAUACACAAGAAGCCAGAUAGUGAUUGAGGAAGAAAAACAGGAUAAGAUGGUGGUUCAUUUGGCCAUGAGCAAUGAAUCUAAUUCAUCGAGAAAGAGAGGGCUGAAAGGCCAUGUUGGCCUGCGCAUCAUCCAGAACACCCACGCGAUUGAUAAAUACUCAAGAAUAAUAUUCCCAGGCACCUAUAUAUUUUUUAACUUGAUAUACUGGUCUGUCUUUUGCUAGACAUACCGAAGCAAAAGCCCUUCACAGGACUGUGUGGAUGUAUUUUUUAAAAAAUUCAGUUUGGCUGCUAAGCUAGAAAAACAGUUCGACUAGUGUACCUGUGGAGCAUAAAGCACUGGAUAUGUCCUGCAACGGCACAUUAGUCCAAGGCUUCCCAGAGAAUUUGGUGUGUCAAUUACUCUGUACGCCAAAUCCCCAUCUCCCCUCUGCUCUCUUGGUUUGCCCAACAGCUACUGUAUAUAUAUACUGGACAAUACUGAUAGUGCCUGAUGUGCACUGGGGCCCAGAUCCUCAAAGGGAUUUAGGUGCCAAUUCCCAUUUAUUUCAAUUGGAGUUAGGUUCCUAAAUACCUCUGGAAAUCUAGGCCAGGGCAACUACCACAAAAGAAUCACCCAGCUGCCGCUGCUGGAUUAAAGUGUGAGUUCCAAUGGCUGUGCUGAGGGGCCUGAAAUAGACAACUGUUAGACUGCUUAAUAAGAACUCAGCUUUGAAAGCUCUACAUGAAAACAGAGCUCACUUUAGACCAUUGUUUUUCUUUUUCCUUUGCUUAUAAACAAAUGGCAUCUUUUUAGGAUCUACUUUCAUCAAGCCAUCAGGCAAAAUCCUGCAGUCCUUACACAAACCUCCCAUUACAUAAGUGGAAUUGCUGCCUGGGUGAGAGCUGCAGAAUUCACUCUACCAAGUCUAGGCAAUUAGUUUGUUUUGAAUUAAAAAUGGGGAGGAAUGGUAAAGUAAAGCCAAGAAAUCCCCCCCCCCCCAAAGUUGGGCAGCAUGAGCGCUGGAGCUUAUUUACAAUGACAACUUGGAAAUUUAAAUAAGCCUGUUCACUCCUUACAAACGGGCCUUGGUGUGCAGUAAAGCGACUGUGAGUGCUUUCCCCUCUAACGGAGGUGGAAAGUAACCAACCGGAGCCUUUGAUUAGUGUACAGGAAUGGGGAGUUUAUCCAGGAAUGGCUAGCUCUUUUUGCUUCGUCUCUUCAUAGCUAGGGCCCUACCAAACCUACAGCCAUGAAAAACAUGUCACGGACCGUGAAAUCUGAUCUCUCCCCAUGAAAUCUUGUCUUUUGUUUGCUUCUACCCUAUACUAUGCAGAUUUCACGGGGGAGACCAGAGUUUCUCAAAUUGGGGGUCCUGACCCAAAAGGGAGUUGUAGGGGCUUUGCAAGGAUAUUUUAGGGGAGUCAUACUAUUGCCACCCUUACUGCUGCGCUGCCUUCAGAGCUGGGUGGCCGGAGAGCAGUGGCUGUUGGCUAAGUGCCCAGCUCCGAAGGCAGCACCCUGCCACCAGCAGUGCAGAAGUAAGGGUGGCAACACCAUACCAUGCUGUCCUUCCUUCUGUGCUGCAGCUGGCGGCGGCUCUGCCUUCAGAGCUGGGCUCCCAGCCAGCAGCUGCUGCUCUCCAGGUGGCCAGCUCUGAAGGCAGCGCCGCCACCAGCAGCAGCAUAGAAGUUAGGGUAGCAGCACCAGAACCACCCCCCAACACACGCUCCUUUUCGGGUCAGGACCCCUACAAUUACAACACUGUGAAAUUUCAGGUUUAAAUAGCUGAAAUCAUGAAAUUUAUGAUUUUUAAAAUCCUAUGACCGUGAAAUUGACCAAAAUGGACCAUGAAUUUGGUAGGGCCCUAUUCAUAGCUCAAUGCAGAGAACAGUGUAGGGAGAGGCCUGGCACCUCUCCAGGAACUCAAAGGCUGCCUUUAUUUCUAACAGAAAAAUGCAGCCCACAGAGAAAAUACUUCCCAGCAUGCAGUGCUUUGUCUCCAACAGAGCAGCUAUACUCUAUAGCUGCCCUAUUGUUUAGGCCUUUUGGAUCAAGAGGGAAGUUACAUUCUGGAACUUGUUUGUCUCUACGGGUGCACCUCCAUUUUAAAGAUAAAUGUGGCCAUAAGUAGCAUGGUAGAACUUCAAUGAGCUGGACUCUGGUAACUGGCAUAAAAGUCUAAAUUAUUCUUUAGUAGCUGCUCAAGAGAACAGUAGCAUGCUUCUGCAAAUGGCAUUCCAUGCUUCACAGACAGUGUUGUCUCCUCUUCCUUUUCUAGUAACGCUGACAGGAAGAUACAGAAUUUUGUACAAAAUUGCAACAGGUCACAUUUAAUCUUUCCUUACUUCUUAAGGAAAAUGCCGAAGCAUGCUGAGCUGUGGAAGUGAUGUCAUUAAUCAGAGCAUCUGGAUGCCAAGUUGGUGCAUACCAGGGUGGUCAGACCUGAACUCAGAUCAUUGUGUGCUGAAGUUGGAAGAUCACUCAACAAUAUGAUUAAACUAUACAGCUGACUAGAAUGUCGACAGAGAGGAUGUAAAUAAUAUAGAUAAUGUACAGAGCAUUAAGUCUCUUGCAAUAGCCUACACAUACCAAAUGAAACAGCAAUCCCACUUCAAGAAAAAAAUCUCUACAUACUUAUUGUGCUUUUACAUUUUCAGUUUACAAUAGCAGUUUUGACUUUUCUGCAGGGAUUUAGUGAUUGGCUGGAGUAAACUCUUCCUAGCCUAUCAUCAAUCCCUAGAAUUUAUCCUGUGCCUCAAUUAUUGUUGCUUAAAUUAAACAUUUCAAUGUUAGAUUUCGUCUAAAUGAAAGUGAUUAAAGAAACAAACUAAGAAAUAUAUUCCCCCUUCAUUGCACGUGUAUGUAAGUAAUGAGAGAUUAGUGUUGUCAUAAAGGAGAAAAUAUAUCCCUAAAAUCCCUAGGUAAAACAGAACAGAAGUCAAAAAAUGGACCAAUAUCUCAAAGAAGGCAUAUUCCUAUAUCCCAUCCUCCCACCUCUUUCCUAUGCUACAGAUCAGGGUUUUGUUCCACUCAUGUAAAGAGUACAUUUUAUAAUAGCAGUUUCAAAUCUAAACCAACCACCGUUAUGCAAGAAGAACUAUAGAAAUAUUCCACAGAGUCUUAAUAGAGGAGUAAUUCCUUAUUUAAUCAAUGCAUUUCUGAGUAUUAGCAUUUUAAAAUAAAAUUUUAGCCAAUCAGAAACUAGUUUUAUAUUUUAAAAUGCUUUCAUGAAUCAGUUCUUCUUUGAUUGGCUGAUGUAAGACAAGAGGAGGAAGGAAAGUCAUGUGAUUAAAUUGGAAAAAUGGGAAGCAAGGGACCUGGAUUUUAUUCCAAACACAGCCACAGAAUUCUUGUGUAACUAUGGGCACGUCACUUAGCCUCUCCGUGCCACAGUUUCCCCAUCUGUCAAACAGGGAAUAAUAAUACCUACCUCACAGGGGGAUGAUGAGACGUUUAACUCAUUAAUAUUUGUGAAGCACCUUAAGAUCUUUGGCUUGGAGGCCCUAUGAAAGUGUGAGGUAUUAUUAUUAAUGCACACUACAGAUCUGUUCUCAAGAGUGCAAUUAAUCAAUAAUGGCAAAUUGAACACCAGUUUCCAUCAGACAAAAUGAUUUCAUCUACAUGAGCCAUUUGGCAGUACAGAGCAAAUGGGCCACUUUUAUUAUGGUGUAAUGCCAUUGAUUUCAGUGGAGUUACACCAAGGAUAAAUUUAGCUCAAGGUAUUUAAGUGAAUUCUGUCACUGGGUAAUGUCUGCUACUGUAAAAAAUAUAUAUCUUGAUUUUACUUUGCCAUUUAUUUUUAUUAAAUGUCUCAUCUUCACCUAUCUAGUGGAAGGAAACAAUUAUUCAGAUGCUACGUUCUUCUGCACUGACAUUCUCUUACUUAUAUGCUACCUAAUAAACUUCCUCUGAGGAGGCCAAGUUUAGCUUAUUUAGAAUGUAUGGAUACAUGUGUAAAGGAGAUAUAUGCCUGCUGUGACAUAUCUACAUUUGUUUCUAGCCACUGCAACUAUGCAGCCCAGAUAAUUGCUGAGGAGAGAGUUUAACCAUUAGGGAAAGUUAAUUUGAACACUGCCGCGUUCUUGUUUGAGAUUUUUAAUUAUUAUAUUAAACAAUAGAUGCAAA